AUGCACAGAGAAAAGUUAACAAAGUGUCUUGAAGAUUUAAAGAGGCAAGAAAAGCUUGACAGCCUCAGGGCUAGGCUUUCUUUCGACACACCCUCCAACCAAGAAGGAACAGACCUUCAAGACAAGAACAACAAUGGUGACCCACUGGAAACAUUCAUGACUGCCCUCAGGAAAAUGUCUUCGGAAGAAAGGGAGGACCUCAUCACGGGAAAGAAGUCGAAGGAAAAGGGGAAGGAAAAGGAUAGCCAAAGUAAUGAUGGCCUGGAUCAACCCUAUCUACCACGGGAUUUAGUUGAGGUCUCAAAGUUCAGACGAAGGAUAGCAGAAGCACCAAUGCCCCCCAAAACAAAGUUACCCCCAAACUUUGACCGUUACGACGGGACAAGAGACCCUGAAGAUCAUCUUCAUGCCUUCAGGGGAGCGGGGCAACUUGGGCGGUGGUCCAUGCUCGUGUGGUGCCACAUGUUUGUACAAACCCUGACGGAGGGAGCCCGGCUCUGGUUUAACAGCCUCCCUCCAGGGGGAAUCGAUAGUUACGAAGAGUUAAGCGAGAAGUUCCUCAGGAACUUUGGUCAGCAGAGAAAGGUGGUCAAGAAUCCAAAUGAGAUCCUCCACAUAAGGCAGAGGGACAAUGAGCGAAUAGAUCAGUAUAUGGAGAGGUUCGUCAAGGAGAGCAUGAACAUCAAAGACGUCUCGGAGAUCAUGAAGAUAAGCAGUUUCAUAAACGGGUUAAAACAUGCACAGCUGUGCGAGAAACUGGGGGAAGAGUUCCCCCACUCAUUUGACAACCUUAUGGACAGGGUCAGAGCCUUUGUCAGAGGGAAGGACACAGUCAGCAAAGCCAAGGAGAUGGACGUCACGCCUCAGAGGAUCGCCCCAGCUACAAAGCUCCCCGACAAAGGUACACCUUACUCCCGAAAGCCCACUUGCACGACAGAACGAGGUCCUCAUACUCCCCAUACAGACCUCGGGGGAGGGGUCCCCCUCCUUACUCUGAUAAUUUCACCCCUCUCACCAAGACACCAAGUGAGAUACUGGCCACUGAAAGGGUAA